GCGCCUCUGGGGCCGGGCCGGGCCUUGGGGGACCGGGACGAGUCAGGGUCGGGCCGGCGGCGGCCGGGGGACCGCGACGAUGACUCUGGAGUCCAUGAUGGCGUGUUGCCUGAGCGACGAGGUGAAGGAAUCGAAGCGCAUCAACGCGGAGAUCGAGAAGCAACUGCGGCGGGACAAGCGCGACGCCCGGCGCGAGCUCAAGCUGCUGCUGCUCGGUACUGGCGAGAGCGGGAAGAGCACCUUCAUCAAGCAGAUGCGCAUCAUUCACGGUGCCGGCUACUCGGAGGAGGACAAGCGCGGCUUCACCAAGCUGGUGUACCAGAAUAUCUUCACCGCCAUGCAGGCCAUGGUGCGCGCCAUGGAAACGCUCAAGAUCCUCUACAAGUAUGAGCAGAACAAGGCCAAUGCACUCCUGAUCCGGGAGGUGGACGUGGAGAAGGUCACGACCUUCGAGCACCAGUAUGUGAACGCCAUCAAGACGCUGUGGAGCGACCCUGGAGUCCAGGAGUGUUACGAUCGCAGGCGGGAGUUCCAGUUGUCUGACUCGGCUAAGUACUACUUGACGGAUGUGGAUCGCAUCGCCACAGUAGGCUACCUGCCCACCCAACAGGACGUGCUGCGGGUGCGUGUGCCCACAACUGGCAUCAUCGAGUACCCAUUCGACCUGGAGAACAUCAUUUUCAGGAUGGUGGACGUGGGCGGGCAGAGGUCAGAGCGCAGGAAGUGGAUCCAUUGCUUCGAGAACGUGACGUCCAUCAUGUUCUUGGUGGCCCUAAGCGAGUAUGACCAGGUUCUGGUGGAGUCAGACAAUGAGAACCGCAUGGAGGAGAGCAAGGCACUGUUCCGCACCAUCAUCACCUACCCCUGGUUCCAGAACUCGUCCGUCAUCCUCUUCCUCAAUAAGAAGGACCUUCUAGAAGACAAGAUCCUGCACUCACACCUGGUCGACUACUUUCCUGAGUUCGACGGGCCGCAGCGGGACGCACAGGCCGCACGUGAAUUCAUCCUGAAGAUGUUUGUGGACCUGAACCCCGACAGCGACAAGAUCAUCUACUCACACUUUACCUGUGCCACCGAUACUGAGAACAUCCGCUUUGUGUUUGCUGCCGUGAAAGACACCAUCCUGCAGCUGAACCUGAAGGAAUACAACCUGGUGUGACCCGGAUGUGGCCGCCACCAGGGCCGGCUCCCUCCGCAUCUGGUCACCCAAACCAAGGGCCUGGGCACACUGGGGCUGGGGCGAGUCUCUUUUUCCUCUCACUUCCUGUCCCUGUCACGGUUCCUCAAGGGCAGGGAGGGGUAGCCUCUUUCUGGCCUUGACUCCUUGUGGUUGAGUUGUUUUUUUUCUAGGAAAAAAAAACAAAAACAAGACAGAGAGAGAGAGAAGAAAUACACAUGAUGAACACCAGUAUGCCCUCCUAAGGGAGUUGUCCCCCACCCCCACCCCAUGGCCACAAGGUGAUCAAGGUCAGGGCCAUUGCAGCCCAAGCCCAUGGUCCCAAGUUCGAGUCUUCCUCCCCCAGGAAGGCUGGAGGCUUGGGGACCAUGGACUGUCCCUUUUCUAAGUUAUUGAUAUCCCAUGUGCUCUCACAACCCACACCAUCCGCUCCCCAGACUUUAAGAAGUGGGGGUGGGCGGCCCCCGUGCCCACCCUGGGAAGUGCCUAACCGUUUUUGUUUUGUUUUUGUUUUUGAAGAAGAGAAAAGUACUCUGCUCCACUCUGUCUUGGCAGGGCAGGUGACACACCGUAGGUCCCCCUCUCUGAGUGACCAUCACCCCUGUGUGUCCCCCUGACUCAGACAGGGCCAGGCCUGUGGUGGAGCCUUCGGGGGGCAUUGAGUCCCUGAGAUCCACUCCCCAAUGGCCUGGCCAGGAAAGGCCCUGGGGACCCCGAGGGGCUGUGUGGAGCUGGGCAACUGGAGGCACCGUCCAUUUGGCUCAGCAAGAGUGGGAUGCACGGGGCCUCUUCCAAAUAUUCUCAGGUCCGUCCCCAGACACGAGCAGUGGCCUCGCCCCACACCUGGUCCCUGGCCCCAGUCACUGCACCGUGACCGGUGUCUCCCAAGCCCGAGGGCCAGCAUCCAGGAGGUGGUGGCCAUGACCAGAAAGGACACAGGCAGCCCCCUGCUGCCAUAUACACUACAAUGUCUGUCUGUCUGUCAGAUUUCUUUACUUUUGCACGUGCAUUCUGGGCUUGGAUAUCCGGCCAUGCCUUUGUCCUGCCUGCCACGCUGGACUCCAGGCCCCAGAGUGUCCACUCAGACACACGCCAAUCUGGGCAGUUGUCCACAUUGCUGUCCCAGGCAGAAGGGAACAAGGGACCAGUGGACAUGACAGAGCCCCAGGGUAUGGACGGGUGUCUGUGACAAGCAUCCACAUUCCUGGCCUCCAGCCCAUGGAUUCCUCACCUUCCCAUGCCGGACUCCUCUCCUGUCUCCAGCCGAGGGUCCGGUCUUGUGCCAUCUCAAUCACAAAGGGGCUGCAUGGAUGGCAGGGUCAUCCUGGCCACCCACAGCCAAACAGCCAUUGUGGCCACCUACCCUUGGGAGGUCCAGGUCCUCAGAGAGCGGGCAUCUGCCGUACAACAGGAAGAGGACUUGGGACUGUACAGAUGUCUGAGGGCUGGGCCACCCCAAGCCGGCAAAGUGUUAGCCCCUCUCAGGCAGCGUGCCAAGUGCCAGGCCACGGUGGCCACAGCCAAAGCCCUGGGGCAGUACCCAGGGAUCCAUGCCAGGGCCUGGGGCUGCACCACACAGGUCAGGAUGGGGACCCAGCCUCCCCACAUCUGACCUGGCCCUCGCCAAGGGACAGCCCGACUGCAGGGGACACACUGGCUUCUUUGUGUCUGCCUCGGCGCACUGGGAGUGCCAACCACUUUCCACCGCCCAGCGAGGGAGCCCAGGCCUGGCCCAUGGUGGCGUCCAGUGGCCACUGCGCCCCUUGUAUAUUAUUACACAGUCCUGAUUUCAACCAACUUCAGCCUAUUUAAGAGAACGCUCAAAACACUGUUUUUAACCCUCGUCCUUCGCGAAGCAUGUUCCUUGUGUGGGGGGAGGCUCGGGCACCCAGUCCGGUGCCAAGCUCCUGCAGGCCCUUGGCCAGGAGAGGUGGAUGCCAGGGUGCGAGCAGCAGGUCGGGGCCUUGACCCCAGAACCCAGAGGGUCUCGCUGAAGCCACCUUUUCAUAUCUUUCUCUUGAAUUCUGUUUUAAAUCGGAAUAAAUUUUGUUCCUAAA